AUGAGUUUCAGAGAUUUAGAAAAUCCAGAAUAGGCAGUCUUUAUAUCCCAAGAUAUGCUAAACGAAUCCUUUUCCUAAAUGUCCCAAGAGCAAAAUGCUGAAUAACAAUAAGAAUUUGCUAACAAUAAUGAGAACUACCCUCAAUUUAGUCAGACCCAGAAUUCCCACAUCCUAUCCGAGAUAAUCAAUACUCCAUCUCAACCAAAAUUGCAGACUAAAAAAUCCAUAUUGCUUCCUCAAUCAGGUGGGCUAUUUUCAUAUUUAAUUGACAAUCAGAGCAGAAUUUAUGACAUCUUUUAAAAUUUCAUGCACCGAUUAUUUCAAUACUACUUCAUCAAGAAAGGGAUGGAUCAGAAUAUCGUAUAAAACUACAUCGAUUUGUAAGCAGUCAAAAGGAAACUCAAUUAUGUUCAAUAAGUGUAUAACUAAACCUUUUGCGCUUUGAAAAAUAGCAUCCAAUAUUAUUAAGAUAAGAUCUUGAUAUUGACAUCAGAAAUAGAUAAAGAGGAUCCUUAUUCCUUAUUAACUCAACAUGAAAUUGAUCUUAGAAGAGGACUACAUGAUUUCUAUCAAUUUAUAGAUUCAGAGGACCUACUCACAUCCAGUAAAGGCAUGGGAGGAAGCCAAAAUAUAAGUCAAUAUAAAACAAUUUAAAUAGAAGUGUUCAAUCCAGCUGACUUGAAUUCUCUAGACAAAGUUGCUUAGUUUGUAUUAAACAGCAUCGAACUAGAAUAAAUUAACAUCACUCCUAUACAACUAUUGAAUGAUGAUUUGUCAUUGAAUUUACUCAAAGUUACAAUGCAAUUGUUACAAAUAUGGCAACAUUUAUUUAGAUUUUUGAACCAAAAUGAUGUGACCAAUAUUCAAUUCAAUUACGAAGUUGAUCAAGUCAAUCACAAUGCUGCAAUUGUUGCCGCAUAGACCUUCUUGUUGGUUCCUUUGGAUAUCUCAAAUAAGAUUCUGAAAGGCCAAUAUAAGGAACUCACAAAUUAUCAUCUCAAUUCCAAUAACAAGUUGCCACUCAAAGAGGAGUAUGAAAAGAAAAGAGAAGAAAAGAGUUAGGCUAAAUUAUAGAAUACACUUCAUUUUGAUAAAUCAGAAAACAUCAUCAAAAUAGCUGAUGAUGCAUUAACAAAUGAGGCUGAGAAUUUUUCAUUUUCAAAUGCUGAGCAUUCCUUAAUGGAAGAAUAAUCUGACUAGUAGUAAACGAUUCAAAAAUAUAAUCAUAAAUAUUAAUUAAAUUCAGAAUAAUAUAAAUAAACAAUAUUAGAUCAGGCAGUUGAGUUGAGUUUCAAAGGCAAAAUAAAUGAAUCCCAUUUACUGGACAUUCAGCCUCCAAAACAUAGAUCCUAUAUUGCUGAAAGUGGUUAAUAAAUAUUAAGAAUAACACCAAUUACUAUAUGCACUUUGAAUUGUUUAAAACCAAAUGUAGAAUUUAAUCAUGUCAAUUAUUUCACUGAUCCUCAAAAAGAGUUUUUACACUACUUUAAACCCAAUACAAAGUUUUUCUUUUAAUGGUAGAUCGAUGCUGAGAACGUUUAAAAGAUAGUUUGCGAUGUAGAAUACUAAUUUACUAAUGAAUUGAUUUCCUUUGCAACCAAAGAAGGAAUCAUAUUUCUAUUCAAUCCAUUUUCCAAGGCUGCAGAUAAUGCAUUCUAUAGAUACAAUGAACUAAGCUCUAUACUUUAAGCUCUGCCUAAUAUGAUCGAGAAAAGAAGAAAUUUCAGAGUUGCUCAAGUAGGGCAUUACAUUUAUCUGAUUGGUGGAGAGAAUCAAAAUAAUCAGGUAACCAAUACUUGCGAAAGGUUUAGUCUAAAAACAUUAGAAUGGUAAAAGAUCAAGUCUUUCUAAACUCCUUUAACCAAAGUCAAUCUUGUUGUUUUCCAACAAAGAUAUUUGGUUAGAUUUGGAGGUUUGAAUCGCUUCGAUCAUUUUGAUAAAACUGUAGAAAAGUAUGAUACAAAACGACAUAAGUGGUAUCCAAUAAAAUUGACUAGUGGACAAGAUUAAAUAUUCAAGUUGAAUAGUGUUUGUCUGUAAAUCAAUUCUAAUUCAAUUUUAAUAUUUGGAGGAUAAAAUGAAAAUGAUCACAGCGACGCAACAAUACAACUACUUACUAUUGAUGAGGUUGAUAGGAAGAAGAAUGAAUAUGCGGCGCAUCUUUAAGAACUAAAUGUACAAUAAUAAUUACUAUCAUUCAUUGGACAAUAUGAUUUAAAUGUUUACUACUAACACGACAGAAUACACUUAUUUAGAAAAAACUACAGUUCAUUAUUAUUGUGA